CGGACUUCUGUAUGGACUUGCGACAAGGUUGGUCAUUGCUAUGGCUCAGUAUUGCUCAACCCUGACAAAACUGAGAUAAUUCGAGAGCGCGAACAUUGCUGUAUACCAGACCAUGAGAGCAUUGACAUAGAGCGCAGCAUAAUUAAUUUAAAAAAGAUGGUGACCACGUCAUAUAAACCAAUCCCAACCUUGUUUAAGGAAGAAAUGAGGCAGUUUAUGACCGUUGAGUAUAUAGACAAACUGCCGAUUCUACGCAACAAAAAAGAUAGUUUAUAUAGAGCCCGCCGCGAGGAAGAAUCUUUCGAAUGCUGCGAAGACAUCCUGUUACCAGAAAGCUUAGCCCAGGACUGGCUUUGUGUCAAAGAAGACGACUUUUUAAUAUUUGUUACUGAAAAAUCCAAGGAAUGGCUCGCAAAUUGUAAGAAGUUUUUUGCAGACGGUACUUUUCGGAUCGUUCCAGAACCGUUUGUGCAAUUGUACACUUUUCAUGCGGACAUUGGGUCUACUGCUGACCACACAAGAGUACUGCCUUGCAUUUAUGUUCUAUUGCCCAACAAGCAGCAGGAGACCUAUGAAAAAAUGUUUAAAAGUUUUCAACAAAACAUUCCUGGGUUUCAACCUGAUGAAUUAAAAGUGGAUUUUGAGAAAGCGGCAAUCAACGCGUUCCGCAAACUGUACCCGUUAGCAAAAAUCACCGGAUGUUAUUUUCAUUUUUCGCAAGCACUGUACAACAAUGCAGAAAAAUUUAAUAUAUUAUCUAGACGCGAGGGUUGUACCUAUGUAGCAAAAUGUGCGGCCCUUGCCCAUCUGCCGGCCGUAAAAAUUCACGAAGGUUGGAUCGAAAUUUCGUCAGACAUGCCACAAAUGCCAGGCAUCAAAAACUUUAAUGAAUACAUGUCAUCGCAAUGGGUUCAAAUAGAAAUGAUCCACAUAGUAUCGUGCUUUAAGCAGCGUCACCGAACGAACAACGUGACUGAGAGCUGGCACAAAAAGAUUAAUAAUAUCAUUAGAAAAAAUUCUAAUAUUUUAUUAGUGCUCUCUGAACUGAAGGACGAGGCACAGGCAGUGGAUUUCCAAGAGCUACAAAAUGAUGUUCGCCCUGAUGUCUUUCGGAAAAGGGCUAAAAAAUACAUUGCAAUGGACAUGAAAAUCGAUAACAUUGUUAAUAAUUUUCUGCUGGGAAAAUAUGACAUUAAAAAAACCAUCUUACUUUUGGCCUGCUUGAAGUAUUAAUAUGCUUGUCAGUUAAGUUAAUGAAUACUGAUUUUAACUUUCACAGUUGUCAGUCAUAUUUAUGAAACAUAAUUUUUAAGAAUAAAAAAAAACAUUCUUUAAGUUUCAAUAAACGAUAUUAAUUUAUUCAUAUUUUUUUAUUUAUUUAUUUAUAUGAGCCUUCAGUGUUCCACUACUGGGCAAAGGCCUCCCUCCUCUCCUUUCAACCAUCCUAAUCUUGACCCGUCUAGAUACAUAGAAUGGGAAUAAUGCGAAGGGUUAAAAAACAUAUCCAGAAAAUAAGCUACUAAUAAAUGCACAGAAUGGGAAAAUAUGAAAACGGUUCAAAAACAUAUCGAGAAAAUAAGCUACUAAUAAAUACAUAGAAUGGGUAAAUAUGAGAAUGAUUAUAAUUGCUAUUGAUAAAUGAAGCUUACGAGAAAAAUAAAAAGUGGAAAAAAUGAGAAUGGUAUUAACUGCCAUUUAGGAAACUACAGUAUACACUCAUAAAAACAAUGUGAGACUGUGACAAGGACAAACUAGCGCUUUCUCUGCUACUCCUACAGAAAGAUACAUAAGACUAUCCCGUUCUGUUAGUUCCCCCACCACUCAUGCCUGAUCCAGCUAGAUUCAUGAUCAAAAAUCAAAUAUCCAACCGAUUUGAUCAGGCCCGUCUGGAUACCACUAACAUAUCAACAUAUGUCAUGUGUUUGUUUAGGGAAAUCAAACCACCCACUUAAGGCGCUCUUAUACUCGAGUUUUACGUUUUCAAGGGGGUGAAGCAGACGAGUGGUAGAACGGGCAGGCGGGCGCCCCGCGCGGCGCACCGCACCAUUCCCGCGCAGCACGUCUACGUCCUUAUUCUGACGACAUCGGUAUUCUGAAUUGUCAGUUCCGGGAUUUUUUCCGGCAAUUAAUACUGAAUAAGAUUUAUUAGCAAAUUCGUAUUUUGAUGAGUACUUAAUGAAAUUAAAGAUAAGACGGUGAGUGUAAAUAAUUAUUAAUUAUAAACAAUAUGAGUGUAUACCGCGUCAAACUGAGAAUCUAGUCAAAUGAUGCCAAAUUAUUAUGAGACAGAAACUAGUACUUACUAAUAGACCUUAAAAAUGUAAUAGAGUUAGACCAAGAAAAGUCUGCAACGAUUUUGAUUGCACACGCAGUGCAAGUAUUAUUUUAAAAGUAUUAUUUAAAGUUAUGAGUAUGUAAAAUUUAUUUGUUGUUCUAUAUAUAGUUUUAACAGAUAACUGCGUUAA